UGCAUGACCGUAUUGCAUGAGGAACAACAGGGGCGUAAAACUGCCAGACAGGGGCGUAAAACUGUUUGGGGCGUAUAUCUGCCGGCUCCAGGUCUGCAGCCUCCCCCGACUCCCAUCACCAUGACUGAACAGGAAGCACUCGCGCCUCUGAAAUCUCUUAACUCUAAUGAUCCGACUUACAUCACUUUUAUGAAUAACUGCAGAGAGAAAGCAGAAGGAUGGUGGUUAGAUUUCUCGGGGAUCCCAGUGUCGUACGGUGCCAUAAAACCGGGGCAAGCAUUGCAAAUGAACACAUAUCUGACUCAUCCGUGGGUCUUCAGAGCAUCUGAUGGUGCUAAACUACUAGUAAACUUGAGUGAAGUUUAUUUUCCUACGCCUGCGGAGUACGAGGAACACGGAAACCCACUGUACAAGCCAGUGUACAUCACUGCCCCAGUGUACUCGUUACAAGAAUACUGUAUACGGCUGAUUCAGAAAACGGUACGAAAGGAAGACGUCUACAAACUGGAAAUCCCCGAGUAUUUGAGACAGGAAAUCAGCCGACCACCUGAUAUACUGAGAGACAUUAAAGCUUUAUCCGCACAGAGAGCAAUGUGAGAUGUGGAAAACCGACAGGAGAAUGACGUCAAGAUACCGCGAGAGCGAUUCGAGAAAUCUUACGGAGAAGUCUAUUUUCGAAUCGCUCUCGCGAUAGUUUGAUGUCAACCGCUUAGGUGACAUUUCCCCUCCUAUAGCUACCACUCAAACUGAAAGCAAAACUAACUUUAAAUGUCAGAUAUCUCUCCUUGCUGACAAACAAUAAAAUUACAAUGGUUUAACGUAAACCAAUGAACUGUUUACCAUUGUAAUACCGGAUUUUAUAUAAUCAACUUUGGAUUUGUUUAGGAAAAAGACUCUGUGAAAUAAUUGACCUAAAGGUGGUUCGGUUUGAACCUUUUGAUCUCAUGAUAUCUUUAUCUUAAAGGUUUGAACCCAAAACAAAACUUCCUAAUCUUAAGGUUUGAGUAACUUGAUCUCAUCAUUUCAGAGGUUUGAUGACUUGAUCUCGUCAUCUAAAAGGGCUGACUCACAUCAACUGUUGAAAAUAUAUGUUCUUAUAUAUUUAAUAUAUGGGUCUAAGAUGACAAUUUUAUAUUCACGUUUGGUAUUAUUUUAAGUAAAUAAGGUCUAAUUUCUGUUAUUUUAAGAUAAAGUGUACCAAAGUUAACAACUUCAUGCAUAAUCAUUAUAUUGGACACAGUUAGGGUUUAUAAGCAUGCAUAAUUUUGUUUAACUGAAAAACAAUAAUGAUAUGAAUAUAUAAACAUUAAAGAAACAUCUUUGUUCAGAA